GGGAGCUGUGGGCAGAGCCGGGCAGCAGCUCCUCUCCCGCACCUCUCCAGGGACUCCCGGGUGUGCAGCAGCUGCCAGGAGAGGGAUGCGCCCGGAGAAAGUUUUUCUGACUUAAAUUCAGAGGAUGUGAGUGACAGCAGGUGACAGGCUGGCAGCUCGCACUUGUGUCACAGAGAAGCUCCGUGAUAACAGCACAAAGUCAUCUUAUCAGCUUCUGGAGACCCUUGGGCACAGAAGACAUCCAAUCCCUCCUUCAUGAUUUUAAAUAUUGAUCAGAGACAGCAAUACCUGGCUGUUGUUGCAGGAUGUCCUGUGGUGGUGCAGAAACUGCUGCGUACCUGGACUGUAACCACCGUGGGCAGGAUCAAGGCUCCACUCUCCAGCUGAGCACUCUGAGUGGGAAUAGCAGAUCUGCAGCGUUGUUGGAAGUCAGGGGGAACCUCAGCACCAUGCAGUAUUCUCCUGUGGCACUGAAUCCAGAGCCCUCCAUGGAUAAGGGAGCCGGGAUUCCCCAGAGCCCCGGGGAAGGCACAAAGGCUGCAGCCUGCUCGGACAGUGGAGCCAGCAGGACCCGGACCACGGAGUGCUUCCAGAGCCAAUAUCUGACCAAAACCAGCACCCAGGGACAGGUCUACAACUUCCUGGAGAGGCCCAGUGGGUGGAAGUGUUUUAUCUAUCAUUUUGCUGUAUUUCUCCUGGUGCUGAUUUGUUUAAUAUUCAGUGUACUGUCUACUAUAGAGCACUAUUCUGAGUUUGCCAUUGGAACCCUUUUCUGGAUGGAAAUAGUUCUGGUGGUGUUUUUUGGUGCUGAGUACCUGGUCCGGCUGUGGUCUGCAGGCUGCAGGAGUAAAUAUGUUGGCUUCCAGGGAAGGAUCCGGUUUGCCAGGAAGCCAAUAUCCAUCAUUGAUCUGAUUGUGGUAGUAGCCUCAAUUAUUGUUCUGAGCAUAGGAUCUAACGGGCAGGUGUUUGCCACCUCUGCAAUAAGGGGGAUUCGCUUUCUCCAGAUCCUUCGGAUGCUUCACGUUGACCGCCAGGGAGGCACCUGGAGGCUCCUGGGCUCAGUGGUUUUCAUCCAUCGACAGGAACUCAUAACCACACUGUACAUUGGAUUCUUGGGAUUAAUUUUUUCGUCCUACUUUGUUUAUCUUGCUGAGAAGGAUGCAGUUGAUGCGGAUGGAAAGACAGGUUUCUCCAGCUAUGCUGAUGCCCUUUGGUGGGGUGUGGUAACAGUCACAACAAUUGGCUACGGAGACAAAGUUCCCCAGACAUGGAUUGGGAAGACAAUAGCUUCCUGCUUCUCAGUGUUUGCCAUCUCCUUCUUUGCCCUGCCAGCUGGUAUUCUGGGAUCUGGUUUUGCUCUGAAAGUACAGCAGAAGCAACGUCAGAAGCAUUUCAAUAGACAAAUCCCAGCUGCAGCUUCCCUAAUUCAGACCCUGUGGCGCUGCUAUGCAGCAGAGAAAUCCUGCACCUCCACAGCCACCUGGAAGAUCUAUGUGACAGCUCCCGUGCAAAAUCCCAAAAAGUCUCCAGCGCCAUCUAGUCCCGGUCUGAGAAAACAGACCAGAAGAUACAGAAGAAAAGGGAAGCUGGGCUGUGGGAAUGGCUCUGCACCCGUAAUAAACCCAGGAGAAAAUUCCUUGUCUGUUCCCCAGAUCACUUAUGAUCACAUUGAUGAGCAAGAGGACAAAAAAGAUGUGUCCUUCUACAUUGAUGAACCCAAAGUGAGAAGAUGCUUGGAAGGGCACACCCCAGACAUGUCACGGGCCAGCAGCUUCACUGAUGACAUUGACCUGGUACCCGAGGAGUCCCUGCUGCCAGCAGCGUCCGACGUGGCACAACUGACUGAAGCACACAGAACAGCUGUGAAAGUCAUCAGGAGAAUGCAGUAUUUUGUGGCCAGAAGGAAAUUUCAGCAAGCUCGGAAGCCGUACGACGUCCGGGACGUGAUUGAGCAGUACUCCCAAGGACACCUCAACAUGAUGGUUCGCAUAAAGGAACUUCAAAGGAGGUUGGAUCAAUCCUUGGGAAAGCCAGGUCUUUUCCUUCCAGAAAAAGGGGUAGACAAAGGAUACUACAGUAUAGGAGCCAGACUGAUCCGGCUGGAGGAUAAGUUACCAUCAGCAUCUGUUACUGAUAAUUUCUGUGUUUUUGAAGAAGAGCUGGUAUAGUGAGUGAGCCAGCCCACCAACAUAGCCAGCAAAGGAAAAAGAAGAGAACAGGUUCGAAGAAAAGGAAAUGCAGGGGGUUUAUAUCUGAUGGUAAACACUUUCAUCCUUCCCUGCUGCUUGAAUAAUGCAUCCUAAUUUGACAUGACUAUACUGGUCACCAAGUUCAUGCUAGGGUUAUAUAAUCACAAUCUGAUCGUUUUUCUUAAGUGCUGCUCAGCACAGAAUCCUUUUAUGUGGAUAAAGGAAAGCAGCUAUUCUUUUUCUUGUGAUUUUUGGCUUGGGUUGAUAGAAGUGUCAGCCAAGAAUAAAAAUACCUUUAUAAUCUUUAGCCUUUUUCCCUCCAACACUUGUGAGUUGUACUAUUAUUUCUCCAUUGUCCUCCUAUCAGCUGACAGAGAACCUGGUGUUUAUGUCUCUGUUGGUUUAAUAGUACAUGGCUUUUGUUCAAGUUUAUUGAAGAGUGCUCCAGAAGACGAGUGUGGUCUUCAGAUUGUGCCUGGCCAUAUGUGAAUGACUUUGGCUUUUUUAUUUCUUCCCUCUCUACUCCGAGGCACGAAGCUGGAACUCAGCCCCAUUUCAUUGCUCCACCUCUGUGUCACGUGAAUUCCAUGACUGACAUGAUCUGGAUUUUCUGGGGCUGUGCAAAAUGCUUCAACUUCAGUGACUGCUUUUGUGACAAAGAUAGGAGCACCACCUGCCACUUACCCUUCUUUUUCCAGCUCUGAAGUUGUCUCUGUGGGAAAAGCUACAUAGGGUUUUAUUUUUGUGUAAUAUAUUGUAUUACUUUUAUAUUAUUAUUUAUAUUACUUUUUGUGUAAUAUAUUGUAUUACUCAAUA